ACUACAAAAGAAGAAGGCACAUUGAUUGCCAUGGCAACAUUUGGAUCCUUUUUGCACAGCCGAGGCACAAACAAAGCAACACAAAUUCACCACAUCAGGUUGCCAUUUCCAUUCUAUCAAUGAAGUUUGAUUUUUGUUGAGCAACAACAAUAAGAAAGUAUGGUGGAAUAAAAAACUUGGCCAAAUCGCUCUGAAACCAUUUCAAACCCAUCCCCAAUUUCAAAUAGACAUGAAAGGCAAUGGAGUGAGGAAACGACUGGAGCAAUGCUUGAGGAGGAAAGGAGUGGUUGGAUCUGGAGGCUCAAUCUCUGCUCUGAACACCAUGGAAGUCGCAAACCCUAAGAAACGCAAGCGGGACAACUCCAUCGCACUCAACGGUGACAACGACCUUUCUCUCUUGGAAGCCAUUAAGAAAUCUCAGAGCACCAUCGAUGUGCUGGACAUCUGCACCCUCAAAAAACUAGUCUUCUCCUUCAAGCGUCGAUUCAGAAAGAACAUCAAGGCUUGCGUCAAGUACCAAAACCAGUUGGAGCACUUUGCGGACUCCGAGGUAGACCUCCAUGACGACCUCCGAAAGCUCAAGAUCCUCGCUAAAGCCCUCGAGCUAUACCCCCGACCUUGUCAAUCUGAACACCAUCCCUUCUAUACUCAAUCUUUUGUUGCUUGGGUUCACGAUGAACCCCAUGCUUGGAAUCGCGACGAACCUAGCGAACCUAUGCACUUGGGUUUGCCUUCCCAAAUCUAAUUUCCAUAAGGCAAAGGUAAAAAAAAAAAACAAAAACAAAAAAUGAAGGUUGGAGGAAGGAGAGAAUAAGAUAGAAUGAGGAAGAAGACAAGGGCAAAUACGUAAUUAAAAUUAAGUACCUUU